CAGGUUUCGCUAUCUACAAACGCUGAAUGAGCUUCACUUUAGUCUUUUGGCCCUUUGGCUCUGGGUAAGAUCACCAGAGAUGCGAAGACUGUAGCUCGUUAUUAUCAUAGAGAGCAACUUUCCCCUCGCAAAUCCAUGGCUCCCAAAAGCAAAGAGAAAUCGAAACCCUCGCCUUCACCUCCUUCCCAGCCUCCUGCAGCCAUCGAAGAUCUCUUCACCUCGCUUAAUCGGCAUGUUCAGCGAUCGGAGUUCGAACAGGCUGUCAAAGUUUCAGAUCAAGUCCUGGCAAUCGCUCCCGGAGAUGAGGAUGCAUUGCGUUGCAAAAUUGUCGCUAUGAUCAAGGCAGAAAAUAUUGAUGGCGCACUUGCAACAAUUCAAGCUUCCGAGAAACUUCCGGUUGACGUCAACUUCUUUAAGGCAUAUUGCUUAUACAGACUAAACAAGUUGGAUGAAGCUUUGGAGUCCUUGAAAAGCCAGGAGAGAACUCCUGCUGCCAUGCAAUUAGAAUCACAGAUUCUUUACCGCCUAGGGAGAAUGGAUGCUUGCAUGGAUAUCUAUGAAAAGCUUCAGAAGUUCAAGAUUGAGUCAUUAGAGAUAAAUAUUGUUGCUGGUUUGGUUUCGGCUGGAAGGGCUUCUGAAGUUCAAAAUGUGAUGGAUGCACUCAGAGUUAAAGCAACUAGCAGCUUUGAACUGGCAUACAAUACUGGUUGCUCUUUGAUCGAAAAGAAGAAGUACACAGAUGCAGAACAACAAUUACUAUCGGCUCGAAGAAUUGGUCAGGAAACACUGAUGGAAGACAACUGGGCUGAUGAUGAAAUAGAGUUGGAACUUGCUCCAAUUGCUGUCCAGCUGGCAUAUGUUCGGCAGCUACUCGGAUAUCCCCAAGAAGCCAUUGAAGCUUACAUGAACAUCAUAAAUCGGAAUCUGGUUGAUGAUUCUUCACUUGCAGUGGCAAUAAACAAUCUUGUUGCGUUGAGGGGUUCCAAGGAUGUUUCUGAUAGCCUCAGAAAACUUGAUCGCUUUAUAGAGAAAGGUAGUGUGGCACAGAGCUUCCAGCUUACUCAUGGACUUGAUUUGAAGCUUUCACCCAAACAAAGGGAGGCAAUAUACUCUAACCGUGUUCUUCUACUUCUCCAUGCAAAUAGGAUGGAUCAGGCUCGGGAACUUGUAUCUGCCCUUCCAGACAUGUUCCCAGAUAGUGUGAUGCCAGUACUGCUUCAUGCAGCAGUGUUGGUGAGAGAGAACAAGGCAGGAAGAGCUGAAGAAAUCCUUGGGCAGUUUGCAGAGAGGUUCCCCGAGAAAUCCAAGGUGGCCCUCCUUGCACGGGCACAGGUUGCUGCUGCUGCCAAUCACCCUCAGAUAGCUGCAGAGUCUCUAGCUAGGAUACCUGAUAUUCAACACAUGCCAGCUACAGUUGCUACACUUGUUUCCUUGAAGGAGCGCUCUGGUGACAUAGAUGGUGCUGCUGCUGUGCUUGAUUCUGCCAUCGGUUGGUGGUCAAAUUCUAUGACUGGAGAGAACCAACUGAAAAAACUCAUGCACGAGGCUGCAUCCUUCAAGGUCAAGCAUGGGCGGGAGGAAGAAGCUGCACACCUGUAUGAGAAGCUAGUUAAGAGCCAUGGAAGCAUUGAGGCUUUAGUUGGACUAAUAACAACGGCUGCCCGUGUAGACGUUGAGAAGGCUGAGGCUUACGAGAAGCAGCUAAAGCCACUAGCUGGUUUAAAAGGAAUUGAUGUGGACAGCUUAGAGAAGACAUCUGGUGCGAAGCAUGUUGAGGGUAGUGGACAUGUAAAGAAUGUAGAAGCAUAUGAGGAGGCGAAGGGAAAGGUUAAAGCAAAGAAGAAGAGGAAGAGAAAGCCCAAGUACCCAAAAGGAUUUGACCCCGCAAACCCAGGUCCACCUCCAGACCCAGAGCGAUGGUUACCCAAGAGGGAAAGGUCUAGUUACAGGCCCAAGAGGAAGGAUAAAAGAGCAGCUCAGGUAAGAGGUUCUCAGGGUGCAGUUGUUAGAGAGAAAAAUGAAGCCAAUGCUGUCAGUACUAACACCAGUGCUUCAAAUCCAAAAUCAAACCAACCGACGGCCACUUCCAAAUCAGAACAAUCCAAGCCUUCAUCCAAAUCAUCAAGAAAGAAGUCGAGAAACUAACUGGGCAAGAAACCAAAAUUUUGUUCAAGAAUAUUGAAUUUCAUUUUAAAUUGAAGUUUUGUUUGCUCUUCAGGGAUUAUGGAAGCUGUAGUUUAUUUGCAAGGGAGUCCUCGUAAAAAAUUGUUGGUUUUUAGAUUAUAAUUGCCACCAUCAUCUUCUCUUUUCUCCACCUAUUUAGGUUGUCGGAGGAAUUAUAUAUAGAUAAGGUUAUGAUAUUGCGUCUUUCCUGCUGGAUAUUCGGGUAAUGUGUGCUUUAGUUCUCUUCA